CGCUUAUAAGGGGGGAAAUGAGACGCAGCCGUCAGUUAGCAGACAUGCGCCUCCUCCUUCUGUUCUUGGUCCCCCUUGUUGCAGAGGGCAGCAUUCUUGGAGCAAUCCAUUCGCUCCUGAAUUACAACGAAAAGCAUGAACCAUCGGAAGAUUUCCUCUUCGGCGCCAUCCUCGCAAAGGGACAACUAAGUGCUACUAAAGUAGUCAACAAAGAUAUAGCAAAUGACAUUGAGAUCCUAAAAGAAAUAAUUGACAGGAUCUUCGAAAAGAAUGGACGAUUUUAUAUCAACAAGGAUUCGGUGGGAAGGGUAGAAGAAUCAAUGAAAAUAUUGAAGAAAGAUGGAGUUGAACGAUUGAGAACAGAAGGCGAUCUUCCAUAUGAUCUUGAAUAUAACUUCCAAUACGGUACUCCAUCCAUGUUCAAUUCAACAGUUUGUAUCACGGAGGCUUUUUUGGCAAACAAAAUAACGGACUUUUGCCUGAGCCAAAUGACUGAUGAAAGUGCCAGGGGCUAUACCUUGAGCCACCAAGUUCUAUAUUUCUCCUUAGCAGCAUCGAUGUCACCAUUACCUUUCACAAGAGAUUUAUUAGAUAAAAGAUGUGCAAGAGUUCUAACUGAAGUUACUUCGGCAUUAAGGAAUGGACUGCCUGUGAAAUUUCGGGACCUAUUCGUUGAAGAAGUUGCUGUUUGUGGAUUGAGUAACUACUCAGAGUUUUUAACAAAGCCAGUGCUGGAUUUCAUAUUGAGUCUACAACAUCCAAAUGGGUGCUUUUCAUUGGCAGGUCCACUGGACAAAUGUAAUGAGCACUUAUCAGCAGUAUCUAUGUUAGCUUUGACAAAUUUUUUGUAUGCUCACAGUCAAGGGAAACCGUUUCCAUUUGAUAGUUAAAAUUGACAGUAAUAAUAAAAUACAAAUGCAAUCAUUAGAAAAAAUAUAAGUUAACAA